AUGACGAAUAUCCAUCCCGAGUCCCCAGAGGACUUCGAGUUCAUUGAAACUCCACCCGCCUCCUGCACGACUCCCGCCGAUGAUUGCGGUGUGCGGACUACCUCGUAUCCGGCCAUCAAAAAUGCCCCCGUCCCCGCGGAUUCUCAGGGUAGCGAUAGCUUCUCCAACACCCUCCUCUUCGCUCUCCUCAUCCUUGUCCCAUGGUACCUCGCCCGCCAGAUCGGUGGUGGUUUCUACACCACCAUCUUCUUCGCCAUCUUCACCACCGUCCCCAUUCUGAUGGGCUUCUGGUCCAUCGCCUCUUCCAUUUCUCCCCGCAAGAACGAAAAGGCCAAGUAUGCUGGUCGCCCCGUCGAGUACUACCUGAACUUCCACAGCGAGCAUGAUCGUACUGCCUACCGUGGCAAGAGCAAGAUUCCCAUGGAGGUCUUCUACGAGAAGUACUUCAAUGGCGAGGUGGACUUCAAGUGUGAUGCCCUGGAGGCUCUGGAGUUCAGACACGACUGGGCCAACUUCCGCUUCACCAUGGGUCUCUACAAGCACUUCCUCUUUGGUUUCAUCCCUGAGAUGCUGAUGCACACCCGCUCCCAAGAUGAGGAGCAGGUUCGUGACCACUACGACCGCGGUGACGACUUCUACGCUUGGUUCUUGGGCCCCCGUAUGAUCUACACUUCCGGUAUCAUCAGCGACCCCAACAAGGAAGAGACUCUGGAGGAACUGCAGGACAACAAGCUGGCUGUGGUUUGCGAAAAGAUUGGCGUUAAGCCCGGUGACACUGUCCUUGAUCUCGGUUGUGGCUGGGGUACUCUGGCCAAGUAUGCUUCGGUUCACUAUGGCGCUCAGGUCACUGGUAUCACCUUGGGUCGCAACCAGACUGCUUGGGGUAACAAGGGUCUCCGCAAUGCCGGUGUUGAUGAGUCUCAGAGUCGUAUCCUGUGCCUUGAUUACCGUGACGCUCCUCGGGUUGAUGGCGGUUACAAGAAGAUCACUUGCCUUGAGAUGGCCGAGCACGUCGGUGUCCGUCACUUCACUUCCUUCCUCUCUCAGGUCUACGACAUGCUGGACGACGACGGUGUCUUCUUCCUGCAGAUCGCUGGUCUGCGCAAGUCUUGGCAGUACGAGGAUCUCAUCUGGGGUCUUUUCAUGAACAAAUACAUCUUCCCUGGCGCUGACGCUAGCACUCCCCUUGGCUUCGUCGUUGACAGACUGGAGGCUGCUGGUUUCGAAAUCAAGGCCGUUGACACUAUUGGUGUUCACUACUCUGCUACCUUGUGGCGCUGGUACCGGAACUGGAUGGGCAACCGUGACAAGGUCGAAGCCAAGUACGGCAAGAGAUGGUUCAGAAUCUGGGAAUACUUCUUGGCUUACUCCACCAUCACCUCCCGCCAGGGUGGUGCUACCUGCUGGCAGCUUACCCUCGUUAAGAACAUCAACUCCACCCACCGUGUUGAGGGUAUCCCCAGCCAGUAUGGUCUCAGCGGUGCCCGUGAGGCCGCCAUCACCCGUGCCGGCACCGGUGCUGUCCCCAAGGCUCACGUUCCUAACAAGGCUUAA